AUGACUGGCACUACAAAAUGGAUAAUUGAUUUUAGUAAUAUAUUACGAAACUGUAGGAAUUUUUAUAAUUCCAUUAAUUGGAAUCAUUAUAUGGUAUCUUUACGUAACAAUCUUUCCAGUGUAUGCAGUGACUUUCAAAAUAUUGCAUGCCCUAGAGGAUGUCAUAUCAGUAAUUUUAUUAAAACAUGCCAAGUACUUGGUCUAUAUUUGUAUAGUAUAGAAAAAAAAAUUAAUCAAAGCAUUAAUGAAAAAGAAGCUUGUAUAUAUUUCUUCUACAAACUAAAAAACCUAAUGAAUAGUCAAAAUACUAAUUGCAAAAUAACAAGUAAUUGUUAUAUGGAAAUGUUAAAAAAAAAUUCCAGGAAACCUAAUAGAAUGGAUAUUUCUAAUAUAUGUAUGAAAUUUUCUAGUGUUCAUAAUGAUUUUGAUAAUUAUACAUAUAAAAUAAUAAAAUAUAUGGAAGAACUAUAUGAUAAUUUUGAAAUAUUAAAAAGAUAUAAUAGUAAUAAAUCUAUUCAUGAGGCACGUAAUUCUGCUAGUCUGUGUAAUACGAAAUAUCAAGAGCUUUUUAGUAUGUUAAAAAUAAAGAAGAAUACUAGUUUUAUUGAUUAUUUAAAUAAUUAUAAAAGCGAAUAUGAUCAAAUUAUGAUAGAAAUAACUGAAUACGAAAAUAAAUCUAAAAAAAUAAUUCCCCCUACUAUAGAAUCAGUAACACAGAACCAAGAGCAAGAACAAGAUCAAAUUAAGAAAAAAAUACCGGAAUACAAAACUGAAUAUAGAAAUAUAAUAACACUCGAUAAAGUAAAAGCAGUCAUAAAAGCCCCACUUAAAGAAAGGGGAAAACAACAAACACUUCCAAUAACAAACAAAUCGUCAGACAUAAGUGCGGGGAUGGCUGUUUUUACUUGUACAUUGUUGGUACUAAUAUUCAUCCUCUAUAAGUACACUACUUAUGGGACAAUUUUGUAUCCAUAUGUAAAGAAGAUUAAAGAAAUGCUUAAAAAAAAAAAGAAUGAAUAUCACAAUUUAAUGGAUUCAUCUUACAUGAAGUACAAUAAUAUAAUUAACAAAAAAAAUAGAAUAACCUAUAGUGUAGUAGACUAUUACUAA